UGCCCAGCUGCCUGUUGUGCGUGUGCAGAAUUUCCUAUUCCUGGAGCAGGAUACAUAUGUUGUGUACAGUAAUGGGGCUUUGAGGCAGUAGAUAAACCCCACAUUGUUCACAAGCCCAGCUUAUUCUAUUCAAGCAUAAAAAAAAAAAACAACAAACUUAAAUAUCAUGAGCCUCUAUUUUUCUUAAGACUCCGGUGAAAUGGUGCGUGAUAUGUGCGAACAGCCAAUGCUGAAGUAUAAGAAGUAGUUUUAUUCUUACAGCUCUGGACUGGAGCUCCACAUUUGGCCAUCAGCAGUGGUGACCUCAGGCUAUUUGCUGCUUUUCUGAGGCUUGAUAUAUUGUCUUUUCUCUAAAAACUAAGAGAGGACUUGCUAUUUGCUUUAUCUGCUAGGAGUUUUCCCCAGGCAGCAUCUGCUUUUUCCAGCGUGUGGUGUUAAAUCCUGGAAAAGCUCUUUACUAAAAGGAAAGUUAAACUUUUGGGGGAGGGCACUGGCCCCAUCUGAAGCUCAAGGGCUACUGGAGAAGGGACUUUGGUGGUGUCUGUGGUGCUGCACCAGCCUCUUCCUCUCCCCGUGGCAGAUAAACUGAAACACAAGAUGCUCCCCGGGUGGGUUGGUGCGAGCACCGCCCGUGGGUCCCUCUUGUGAUCCGGCGAGGGGCUGGCCGGCCGAGCGGCGGAUGUCGGGGUUGGUGUUUCAGAUGAUGACAGGAAACCAGAAACUGGCUAAUGAGCCCCGGAGGAACCAGCUCCAGCGUUGGUGGCUGCGGCCGUGAGAUGCAGGAGGAGAUGGGACGGACAGGGGAGAGCGGCUGAGGCUGCGGGUAAGGCUGGACGCAGCCAGGCCAUGGGGCAGCUGGAGCUGCUGUGGGCGGCUGCCGCACUGAUGCUGCUCGGGGCCAUUGUCAGCCUCUGUGUCAAGUGCCAGCUCUCUGCCACCAAGCGCAAGAAGCAGCAGAGUGAGCGGAGGAGUCAGUUUGAAAGCCAGCAUGGGUUUGAGGUGAUCCGAUCCCAUUCCACUACAACCCGGAGGCUGGAACAAAUUAAGGAACCUGAAAACUUAUCAAUAGCAAGGGAGGUUUCACGGAUGCUCCUUCUGACUCAGUCAUUGCUGUGGUUUGUAACCCCUGGUACGGUUUGCUCAGACCUGGGACUUCUGUUGCCUUUUUUCUCCUCCAGGAACAUCACCAAGGAGCUCGGUGCCUCCCGCCACGCUGGAUACGCCCUGCAGCCGUGUCCCCCAGCCCUGAGCAAAGCGCUGAGCGGGAGCAGAGCUGCUGAUGCUGCAGCUUUCGGUGGCUCCGUCAUCAAAUGCCUCCUGUCGCUCAGCCUGAGCCUAACGUGGCCCUCGGCUUUUCCCCAGGGAGCAGGACCGAGUCCAGAGGACUGCCUGCGAGGGGACACUGCCUAUGUGGAGCCCAUUGCUCUGGAUUACUACAACCAUGCCCGGUUCUUCACGCCACCCAACGAGAAAGAGGAGGAUUCCCAUUCCUAUCAGAACGUCAUCAUUGGAGUCUCUCACAGCUGCGACCUGGUCACAGAUGACUCUGCAGACUACGAGAACAGCGCGGCGAUACACAUAUGGAAACUCCAGCAAGCGGAAGCUCUGCAGACAGAAAGCCUGGAUGAUGAGCCAGACUACAUCAACACAGCCCCUGUGUCAGACCCUGUCCCUCUGUCAAAGCGAAGUAUUCUGCAUAAAGUCUGAAGAAGUCCUUUACCGAGCUGUAAGAGUGUACACAGGGAGAGGGAAGUCUCCGAUAUCUCAGUGAAAUCUCUUCUCCAAAUUGUGCCCGAGAUCACGUCGAAGGGGUGCCGCCAAAAGGAAGAAAUGCUCUGCUUGAAGUCCCACAGAAGUCCAACUGCAAACCUGCAACUGGACAAAGCACCAUGCCCGCAAUGACCAUGGGCAAGCUCGUUAUCCCAUCUCGUUUCCCGGCACGUCUGCUUGAGGGAGGAUGGCCAGUCCGUGCAAUGUUUUCUCCUGUCAAGCACGAAAUGAAUCUUUAAAUUGCUGAGCAGUAAUGCAGCCAGCUGCUUAAUUUGUUAGAGUGACUCAUGCAUGAUGGUAUUAAGACACAGGGAUUAUGUUCUGAUUUAGUUCCUAUGUUCUACAGAAGCGGUUUCCUGCAGAAGAGGAACUGGCAGAGGUUGUUUUUAGAACAGCAGUGGCUCUCUGGAGCUGAAUGAGAUACCAGCCUGUGCACAAAAGCUGAAGACUAAAAAGGAUUAAAUCCCUGCUUUAUCCACUGCUUGUAAUUCUCAGUGUUUCUGGCAAUUUUCCUUGUUUCGGUAUCUGUUUUAUAAUGAUACAAAAACCCUGCAAGUAUUGAGAUGGUUCAAGCCAGAACUGCCAACCUCAGAAACUGCACCAGUCUUUCAGUGUUGCUGUAGGAACAUCAGCCCUAAAACAUAACCCUUGUCUCUCGAGGCCUGAUGCACAGAUUUGGCACCGUUGUAUCACUUAUUUAUUAAAAUUGAUAAGCCUCCAAAGAAAA